CAUUGGACGAAGGCUGAAGGCUCUGCGAACGCGGGAAAAGUAGCAGACGACGAGUUUGAAUCGGGAGAGAUUGACAGACAGAGAGAGAGAGAGAGAGAGAAUGGACGAUUCAGGUGCGAUUCUCUGUCAGAUCUCCAUUUUCAAGGACAUGCUUGAUCAGGUCAAUGAGGAGAUCGAGGCGAACAUUCAGGUGACUCGAGAGAUUGAGUCGGAGAUCGUCAAGUGUUCUGAGACGGAAUCGGUUCUCUAUCUAAAGGAAUCGGAGUUGACCAGAUCAUUCCUCGCUUCCCAGUUCGAGAUCAACGGCUUGAUCUCCGUAACAGGCGAUUCGAGAAAAUUUUGGCAACUACUAGAGGAAGAGAUCUGUUGUCUGAGUAAAAAACGAGAUAAGCUGGUUAGAAGGAUUGACGAGAAACGUGAAGGGUUCGUGAAGAUGUGCGUGGAAUUCCAAAGAGAGAUCACUGCGGGUCAAAAUGACGAAUUAAGGGGUUUAUUUUCUGAGAAAGAGUUGCUGGAAAACCAAGUUCGAAUGUUGGAAGAGAAGAGCAAAGCUGUGAAGAACUCCAUUUUGGCUUACAUGGAGGAUGAGAUGGGGAGCCUACUGUCUGAGGAGUUCAUGGAAAAGUGAAGUUUCAACACUCAAGACAAUAAAACAGUGCUCAAAGGUAAGCAAUAGCUGCUUGAUUCUUUCCAAACCCAUCAUCACUCUUGUCUCAUAUUCAGUAAUACAAAGAAGAGAUACAUGCCCCCAAAGCCAAAAGAAUACUUUUUUUUUUUUUUUAAAUGGAUUUGCCUAUCAAGAGAGACAAUGGAUUUGUCCAUCAAAAGGCCAGAAGAUCAGUAAUCUACAAAAUACGUCUUACCAAAAUAGAGGAAAUAUUUGGUCGGUGAAAG